CCAAACCUACAGUAGCUCGGGAAGGAUAUUGGGUGAGACAGACUGCUGAGAUGAGAGGGGCAUUUGCUGGGCUGCUGCUGAUAUACAGCACUAUAUACUACUCUGCCACAGGCUAUGUGAUGCAGGAAUCGUCCAUGUGCAGUUUUGGGGAUGACAAGCAAGGAAAUAUUACAUUCUAUUAUUUCAUUACAUUUAAUCGCCAAAGAGUAGUGGAAUAUGACGAGGAAGACGAUAAGUUUUACCCAUGUUAUGACUGUAUCCCCGAGGUAUAUAACGUAGCUGCAGCAGUUAUCACCCAAUUCAAUAACAUUUCCUAUAUGGCAAAGUAUGUGAAGAAUGAGAAGAAAAGGUGCGAAGCGAAUGCGAAAGCAUUCUGGGACAGCACAGUGGAAAGAAGAGUCAAACCCUCCAUGGAAGUCUUUUCUCCAGUUAAAGUGAAUGUGGACAGCCUCCCGGUACUGAUAUGCUUUGUGUGGGGCUUUUACCCCCAAGACAUCAUUAUAACUUGGAUCAAAAAUAACGAAGCCGUGAUCAGGAACUAUACAGAGGGGGUACGAGUCGGAGACUGGACCUACCAGAUCAUGGCCAAGAUAGACUUGAGAGGCUCCCUUCCUGAAGACAACUAUACAUGUGCUGUAGAGCAUAUAAGUCUGGACGAAGCGAUGAUGACGACUUGGCAAGCCGGCUUGACCUCCAGUGAGAUCAUUAAGAUCAGUGUAUCUACAGCGGUCUUCGGUGUGGGGCUCAUCCUCCUCAUCAUAGGGGUCGUAUGCUGGAAGAAUACCAAGAAAAGUGGUUAUAUUAUAAUUCCAGGAAACAGUGAUGACAACUGAGAUCUGUGCGGUGGACGGAGCGUCACUGUCAGGUAAAGGAAGCGGCUUCUCUCUCCUCUGUGUCGGACACUCCUAGGUUCCUGUGUGACGGAAGAUAUUAUAUAUACGUUUCUAUGGACAAGAACAAUCCAUGACGCGUAACCAACAAACACUCCGCCCUGCAAGGACCUGCCAUCUGAGAUCAUUGUUGCUGUCUGUGGGCAAAGCGCCAACCGUCCGCAAAUCCCAAUAUUAAUAUCUACGUCUAUAAAAGCCAAAUACCACUGAUUGACUCACUGACCCAUCACCAAAUCUCCAGAACCAUGAGGACUAGGAACUAGACAUUUGUACAGUAGCUUUGUUUUGUGACUUAGGCUCCUACUAAGAAGGGAGUUUUCAAAAGUCCACCCCAAAGGGGUGAACUGUGUUUUUAUAAAUUCUUCAUCAUCUCUUAA